AUGGGUUCCACCGACAGGAGACUUCGCAUAGGCGUCGAUGUAGGCGGCACAAACACCGACGGCGUUGUGCUUGAUCCGUCGAGAGCCCCAGAGCCCGACAAGGGAAUCCUCGCCUCGCACAAGGCGCCCACAACGACCAAUCCCAGUCUUGGCAUAAACGAUGCCAUCACGACCAUGUUCAAGGCAGCUCAUAUCAGCCCAGAUGAGGUCGCCAGCGUCACGAUAGGCACAACUCACUUCGUUAAUGCCGUUGUUGAGAGAGAUGCCCGUCGUUUGAGCAAGGUCGCUGUCAUACGGCUUUGUGGCCCGUUCGCGAAGCAUGCCACACCAUGCAUCGACUGGCCGGAAGAUAUGCGAGAGCUGAUUCUCGGCUACUACGCUCGAGUCAAGGGUGGUCUUGAGGUCGAUGGAUAUCUCAUCUCCGAUAUAGACGCGCAGGAAAUCAAAGAACAAUGCGCAAGGAUCAAGGAGCUGGGAAUCAGGAGUGUGGUGGUUAUUGGGAUAUUCAGUCCCAUCGAUACGAUUGAGCGCCAGGAGGAGAGGGCAGCGGACAUCAUCCGUGCUGAAAUACCGGGGUGUGACGUCGUUCUAUCCAAGGACGUCGCCAAUCUGGGAUUUCUAGAAAGGGAGAAUGCCGCGAUACUCAAUGCGUCUAUCCUGCCCUUCGCCAGAAAGACAAUCCGGUCUUUCCAAGAACCUAUCAAAACGCUGGGCCUCACAUGUCCCGUUUUCAUCACUCAGAAUGAUGGUACCAUUCUCUCUGGCGAGAUGGCUGCCAAGUUGCCCAUUCGGACAUUCUCCAGCGGGCCGACGAAUAGCAUGAGAGGCGCCGCUUUUCUCGUGGGAAAUCAGCUCGAUGAGGCGAUGAUGGUCGUCGAUAUCGGUGGCACAACGACUGACGUUGGACUUCUCCUUGCGAAUGGGUUCCCUAGACAGCAAGCAGCAUACAGCGACUUUGCAGGAGUUCGCUUGAAUUUUUCGUGCCCAGACAUAAAAAGCAUCGGUCUGGGCGGCGGAUCUAUUGUGAGAGAAGGAGAAAACAUGACCGUAGGACCCGACAGCGUGGGCUAUAAGCUGACUGAAGAAGCCUUGGUAUUUGGCGGUACAGUCCUGACUGCGACUGACUGCACCGUCCUCGCAGAUCCCAUUGUUGCAAUUGGUGACGCAGGAUUAGUCAAGGGUACUUUGAGCGAACAAGGGGUCGCAGACUUCAAGUCAGUUGUUAGAAAAAAGUUGGAGAAAAUUAUCGACACAAUGAAGACCUCGCCGGAGGAUUUGCCCGUCAUUCUCGUGGGCGGUGGCGCGAUCAUUGCUCCAGAACAACUGAAAGGGGCGAGCAAAGUGCUUAAACCCCAAUUCGCCGAGGUGGCCAAUGCGAUAGGAGCAGCCAUUGCUCGAGUCAGCGCAGUUGUUGAUACAGUCAAGUCGACGGAAUCUAAGACGACACAGCAACUCUUAGACGAUAUAUGUAAAGAUGCUAUAGAAAAGACAGUCGCGGCAGGAGCUUCGAGGGAGACCGUGAAGAUCGUUGAGAUGGAGAACUUACCGCUACAAUACAUCGCAAAUAAGACCCGUUUCAUUGUUCGUGCGGCAGGCGAGUGUGACUACGCAAGGACGGACAUUGUUACCGUUCCCCCUGAAUCUCCAGCCGACGGCGAGGUGCAGAUGGAAGAAUACGAAAAGGCAGCAAGGGAACCCGCUAGCAAACCCAAGCAGGAACCAAAAGACGACAUAGACAUACUCACUUACCGCCCAACAGUCAAGGGCCGCGUCUGGUACGUCAACGAAACCGACCUCGAGUGGAUCUCGACAGGGUGCUACAUCCUAGGGACGGGCGGCGGCGGGUCGCCAUACCCGUGGAUGAUCCAGCUGCGGCAGCAGCUCCGGUCCGGCGCGACAGUCCGCGUGGUCAGCCCGGACGACCUCCCGGACGCGGCACAGGUCGGGUGCGGCGGGGGCGCCGGGUCGCCGACGGUGGGGAUCGAGAAGCUGGCGGGCGACGCGAUGCUGGAGGCGCAGCGGGAGCUGUACGCGGUGUGCGCGCCGGAGCGGCGGCCGACGCACAUGAUCAGCGUCGAGAUCGGCGGCGGCAACGGGCUGCAGGCCAUGCUGCUGGGGGCCAGCGACGCCAUGGACCUGCCGGCCGUCGACGGCGACUGGAUGGGCCGCGCGUACCCGACCAAGUGGCAGACGACGCCCGUCGUCUUCGACGAGCGCCGCCCCGUCUGGGCGCCCAUCGCCAUGACCGACGGCAACGGCAACACGGUCGUCAUGCCGCGGGCCCGGAGCGACAUGCACGUCGAGCGCAUCAUGCGCGCGGCGCUGAGCCAGAUGGGCUCGGCCGUCGCCGUCGCCGAGGCGCCCGUGUCGGGCGCCGAGUGCAAGCGGUGGGUGGUCGAGCACACGAUAUCGCAGUCGUGGCGCAUUGGGCGGGCGGUUGCCAAGGCGAGGAAGUUCAACCGCGUCGACACGGUCGCCGAGACCAUCCUAGAUGAGUGCGGCGGCCCCGAGGCCGGCAAGGUGCUGUUCAAGGGCAAGAUCAUUGGCGUGGAGCGGACGCUGCGGAUGGGCCACGUCUACGGCGAGUGCAUCAUCGAGGGCGCGGACAUCGUUGAUGACCAAAACGGAUCCGAGUUGCGGCCAUCCUCGGGAGAGCAGUUCGAAGGGUUGAUCAAGAUCCCUUUCAAGAACGAGAACAUUGCAGCCAUCAAGUUCUCACGAGCCAAAGUGGAUGGCGAAAUCGCGGAUAAGGAGGGAGAAGUCCUCGGCGUCGUGCCUGAUCUCAUUACCGUGAUCGACGCCCACAACGGCGAGGCGAUUGGUACACCUGAAUACCGGUACGGGCUUUUGGUAAUUGUGUUGGGCAUCACGGCAUCUGAGCGGUGGACCACGGAAAGGGGCAUUGAGAUCGGUGGCCCAAAGGGAUUCGCCAUGGACCAUCUGACGUACAAACCCUUGGGCAAGUUUGUGAAGCCUGUCAGCGUGAUUGAUGAGUUUGACACCAAAGAAUGA